CGAGCUCGAGAAAAGAAAACAUUUGUUGGAUUUUCGGGCGGGGCCUCGACAGAUCGAGGGAUGGCGUAAUUUUGAGCGAUUCGUGGAGGACGGAGGAUCGGGCCCGUGGAGGCAAAGAUGGUGGACCAGAAAGUGGUGGCGGUGAGUGUGGUUUCGGGCUUGGCGGUAAUAUCGCUGGGCUUUCUUUUCUGGAGGCAGAAGAGGCAGAAGGUUCGAGCUGCGAUCGAUGCGUCGUCUCGUCCUGUUGCCGACGAGCAGCUCGAUGGGAAGCCCCAGAGACGCUUCCGAUGUGUGCUGGCUGACAAUUCCCUGUCUCCUUUCGUGCAUCUUCGAACUGAAGAAAGCGGUGAGGAGUCUCUCCAUCCUUACGGGCAGAGAAUACGUGCAUUGUUGGAGCAGCCUCCUCCGGCAUUUUUACUUCAAGAAAGCCCUGAAGUGCCAGCUGGAACGGAUGGGCCCUUUGAGUGGGUGGAAACGACGGAGCAGCUGGAGGCUCUUGCUCACAUUCUCAGUAAUGAAACCGAAUUUGCGGUGGAUACUGAACAGCACAGCUUUCAUUCCUUCCACGGCUUUACUGCACUGGUUCAGAGCAGAUUUCGACCCGACAGACAGAUUACUUGGUGGAUACACUCGCUUUGCAUGACGACAUGAGCAUCUUGCGUGAUGUUUUCUCCAAUCCUGCUAUUUGCAAGGUUUUUCAUGGUGCAGAUAGUGAUAUAUUGUGGUUGCAAAGAGACUUUCAUAUGUACGUUGUCAACAUGUUUGACACUGCAAAAGCAUGCAUUGUACUUGAUAAGCCCCAAAGGUCACUUGCAUAUCUACUGAAAACCUACUGCGGUGUGAUCACGAACAAAGCUUACCAGCGUGCAGACUGGCGUAUAAGGCCGCUGACAGAAGACAUGGUAGAGUACGCACGUACAGAUGCCCAUUAUCUUCUUUACAUCGCCCAACAGCUGAGUCUGGAACUUUCUCAGCAGAGUUCUGGUGCAAUGAAAGAUUUUAGUACAGAGUUGGGGAUACCUCUUCAAGGAGAUCUUUUGGAAUUAACCUGGUGUCGCUCAAAUUUGAAUUGCUUACAACUUUUUGAGAAGGAAAUAGUCUGUGACCCUGCUACGACAGCUUCCACAAUGAUUUCGCGCUUUAGAUUCCUACACGAAUAUCCUCUUCCCUCUCAGGUGAAUCCUGAUCUUGUGGAGAAAGUAAUUAGGUUAUGCGAGUGGCGGAAGAAUGUCGCUCGUGCAGAGGAUGAAAGCUUGCGCUCUGUACUAUCUGAUACAGCUCUCAUCGCACUUGCUUGCUCUUGUCCUCAAACACCGGAGUUGAUAUUCACCACAGUAGCCGCGGCAGAUGCUUCUCCUCCGCCAUCAGAUGCGCUUAUUUCUCCAAUCAUACCGACAAUAGACUCUCCUUCACCUGUACUUGAACAGUAUAUAGAUGAACUUUGCGAUGUGAUUCAAGAUUUAAAUUCCAGCUGCUCAGAAUUGUCUCCGUCACAAGCGCCUGGGCGACUCAGUCCCAAAAGUUACCUUUCUGUCCUCUAUGACAAACUGUGUUCCCCGUUGAACUUUUUCUCUGCAUCGGUAUCUGGUAAUGACUCAAAAGAUAUGAAUGGCCUUUGGAAACUUAAGACACCAAGACAGUCUAAAGGGAGGAAUACGGAGAGGUCCAGGAUGCAGUUUGUGAAGAAGUUUUCAUGUAAAGCACCUGUGUAUCACAAUUGCCGGAUCUACGCUGAUGACGGGCGUCUGCUUUGCUUCUGUGACCGAAGAAAACUUGAUUGGUAUGUCCGUCGUGGACUUGCAGAGUUCAUUCAAGAAGAUCCUCCCGCAGUGAAGCUUCUUUUCGAACCGAAAGGAAGACCAGACGACGAGGGCAAUGACUUUUACGUUCAAAGCAAGUCCAAUCGCUGUGUAGGUUGCGGAGAGAGUAGCCAUUACUUGCGCUAUCGGAUCAUACCUUCUUGUUACCGACAGUAUUUUCCCGAGCAUUUGAAAAGUCAUCGGUCACAUGAUAUAGUCCUCCUUUGUGUCGACUGCCAUGAAGCUGCACAUAAAGCAGCUGAAAAUCAUAAGCGACGUAUCGCAGAACAGUUCGGGGUACCUUUAUUUGCAAAGGUAAUGGAUGGCGAUGGAGGAGAAAACGAGGCCGUUGUUCCUGAACCUGAAAGUGGAAAGGGUGUCUCCCCUCUGCGAUUGAAAAAUGCUUCAAUGGCCCUUCUGCUUCACGGGUCGAAGAUCCCAACUCAACGUCGAGAAGAGCUCGAAGAAGUUGUGAAGGCUUUUUAUGGAAGGAAGAAUAUAUCCCAACAAGACUUGCGAGCUGCUUUAUUGGUGAGCAUGGGACCGCAUGAACGUCAUCGUCUUUCCAAGAAGAGACUUUGCCGGGAAAGUCCUGCAAACAAAGCUACUGACGAAGAAGCUACGCAUCUAUCCGACGCAGAAACGCUUAGUGGUAAUCAGCGGGAGCAUUCGUCUGCACUGACCGUCAAAGACGAGAAUGUGCAGUCAGAAGCGGAAACUUGCAGGUCGUUGAUAGUCGAUACUCAGGAUGAUGCUGCCAGUGAGCAUCCGGAGAGUAGGCAAACUGCGUCCACGUCCAAUUAUCUCGAAACAGAUAAUGACAAUGAGAGGAUAUUUAUCGAGAGUCUGCCAUCGAGGAGGCAAUCGCACCGACACAGAAGCCGCAAAAAUGGCUCAUUGUUGGGACACGGAGCACACGGGAGAAGAGUCGUAGAAGCUUUGAUGGCGCAAGAUGGGGAUGAAGGAAUAAGGGUCUUUUGUCAGCAGUGGCGUGCGGUUUUCGUGGAAGCUCUCAAACCUGCAUUCCUCCCACCAGGAUGGGACAUUGCGCACAGCGGGAGAAGAGAAUUUGGAGACUACAGUGUCUACAAACCUUCGGAUGAUACAACACAGCAAACUAGCUAACAUACGAAGCCCAGGAUUUAUGGUCUCCACUGAAACGUUAUUUGCUUAGCGCUCCUCUUGGUAGGUACAGCAUUGAAGGAAAGGUGAGGGGGUAACGUCGCAGUCAGCACAGCCUACGAACAGAUAGCUAAGUCGCAUGUAUCAGUAUGUAUCGCUGGAUGAAACUUUCCGUCGCUAUUGCUUUCCAGCAGUAAGUAGUAGGUAGGUUUGUAUACCAGGUCCAGGUAUGGUCGGCAGCGGCAGGUCGUAGGUUGUUGAAAUGUCAUUUCCGACUGUGAACGCUCUACUGGGUCAAGUCCGAGGAAAGGUAUGCAAAAGGUGGCAUGAAGGGUAUGUUCUACUAGUCUCUUGGCACAAUUGUAUUUUUUAUGCUGGUACUCGAGAACUGACUAUUAUCAACCGAUCAUCUACUGAUGGUUAUCCUGUAAGGUGUAUGCUGAUUUAAAACACGGGG